GCAGCCUAGUGCGGAGCUGCACAUACAUAGCUUGUCUGACAGCAACAGGCGCUGCAGUGUGAUGUGCUGUAUGUAGUGGCACGGCAGGGGGCUGGAGCACCUUAUCAUGAUCAGCCAGUGAGGAGCUGUGCGCGUCCCUAGUGCUCACGCUUUGCAGGAAAGCUCCUUUCUAUUAGCAGCUUCAGUGGAACAGAAUAGCCCAAGGCUUCGCUCUGGCAGCAGACUCCUAUUCCUGUCUAGGAUGGCGGAGGCAGAGUUGCACCGGGAGCGUUUGCAAGCUAUAGCGGAAAAAAGAAAACAACAAGCUGCUAUUGAAGACAAAAGGAGGCAGCUUGAAGACAAAAUCCUCCAACUACAGCAUCUCAAGUCUAAAUCUAUUCGUGAGAAAUGGCUGAUGCAGGGAGCCCCUGCAGGAUCAUCAGAAGAGGAAGAAGCAAGAAAGAAGCAAUGUGAGGAGGAUGAACAUACACUAAAGUUACUGGAAGAAAAUGUCAAAAGACUGGAGCAGGAUAUUGGACGACUGGAGAGUGAGGAAUCACUUAUAUCUGCGAAAGAGCAAAUCCUCAGAGAAAAACUAAGAGAAACAGAAAUAUCUUUUGAAGAUUUGCAAAAGAGUUUGUCAAACCAGGAGACAGAUGCUGUGAACUACAUUUACUCUGAGAUCCCUGACCUCACAACUUUUAAUUUACAAAAUACAGAAACAUCCCUUUCUGGUGACGGAACGACAAGGGUAGCUGAUGUAAAGAAGAAAACUGUACAGUUUAAAGACCCAAAUGACUAUGAACCAGGAGGAAGCCUCUCACAGCUUGAUAAACCACAAACCCCAGAGGAUGAUCUCAACUUGAAGGAGAAAGAUCCAAAUAGUGCCAAUUUUUCAGACCCUGCUAAAUUUGUGAUAAGCAAGGAAACAAUGGAGGUCGAAGUUCCUGUAUCAGAGCACAAAGGAAUCAUACUAAUAAACCAAGACGAUUCAGCAGAUGAUCAGUCUGUUUUCCUUGCUGCUGUUGCAAACCAGAACGGACUUAAGAACAGACAUGAGUCAAUUGACAGUGAUGUUGCUAAAGAGAUCCAGUAUUUAGAUGAUGUUUUGGAAGCAAAUUGUUGUGAUACUUCUACUGAUAAUACUUUAAAUGGAUCACCAUCUCCUGAACUUUGCACAACAGUUGGGGACUCCAGUUCAUAUGUUUGUGUUACAGCUUCCUCUGCUUCCAUUGUAACAGAAGUGAUAGCAGAAGAACCCAAACAAACUCCUCUGGUAGAAAUCACAGAGCCCAGUGAAGUUUUAGAUCCUAUUAAAAUCAAUGGGCAUUCUCAAAGUGAAAAUAAAGAUGAACUUGUUGAUGGGUAUACAUAUCCAGCAAGUCCAAAUUCCUCUAACAGUUCAAGGAGGUCAUCCAAGGAUGGAGAAAUUUUACCAAAAGUUAUUAAAAAAGAGGCAAAAUUUGAGUUGCGUACAUUCCAUGAAGAAAAAAAGCCAUCAAAAUUAUUUGACGAUUUCAAUGAAAAAGAACACAUUAGGGUGAGAAAAAUCAGACCAUCAGAAGAGGUGCAGGAGUUGGAAAAGGAAAGACUUGAACUUAUUAAAAGUCAAGCCAUGAAAAAGAACCCUGGUAUAACAACAAAGUGGUGGAAUCCCCCACAAGAAAAGACAAUAGAGGAACAGUUAGAUUUAGAUCAGUUAGAAUCACAUCUGAAAUACAAAGAGCGUAAACAAAAGCAGCAGCAUCAAGGAGGUUCGCCUCCAGCAGUAAAAGUUCAUCAUUUUCCCCCUAUACUUUCAGAACCUACUGCUGUUAAAAAGGAAGACAUUGUCACAGAGCAAAUUGACUUUUUAGCUGCAAGAAAACAAUUUUUGAACAUGGAGAAUACAAAUCAGCCCAACUUCAAGAUCCCACCAAAGAGAUCAGUUAGUGCAAACCUUUUUACUGUAAAGCCUUUUUAUAAAUCAAGUGAGGCCAGCAAAUCUUAUUCAUGUAUUACAGUGACAAAUUCAUCAGUACCAUGUGUUCAGAGUGUCCAAGACGAAACACCAUUUGUAAAAGCUGAGAGAGUUAACUGUAUUUCUGAGGAUCAAUCAGUAAUUAAUCAGAGACUUAUGGCAGAAGUUUCUGCUGAGCCUUCAGCUGACAUAGACUUGCAAAAUGAAAAAGUAUCCAAGAGAUCUGCAGAGGAAUUUGUAUGUGCUACAGCAAACUUUACUGUUUUAAAGGACGAUGAUAACGACCUAUCAGACCGUUUUGGCAAAUCUGUCUCUGUAUCCUUUCUACCUGAAGAGCAGGACUCUGGUUUGGAUGACCUGUCUGUAAAGUCUCAGGAUACUACAGUUAUGGAAACACUUUCAAAUGACUUUAGUAUGGACAAUAUCAGCGACAGUGGAGCGUCUAACGAAACCAUGAGUGUUCAACAUGAUUAUUCCCUUGGUGACUUAUCUCAGCCCCAAACACCAGUUAAUGACACUGUAACUGAAUACACACUGGAAGAAGGCUCUAAGUCUGAUCAAGGAUUUUAUUCACCAUCUUCCAUGCUGCAUGAUAUUGAUGAUCAUUUAGAUCCAUUAGAUUAUCAUGCAGGUAUUUUGGUUCAGAAUGUAAUUCAGCAAGCAUUAGCAGAGAAAGCUGGGUUCAAAGACUGUACACACUCUGACAAUUUAGACAAGAGUCAUUUUCUUGAUGACAGUGAGCAUUUAACAGAGAAAAGUGAGAUUCUCAGUUAUUCCUCACCACCAGUUAGCCCAAGAAGAGAUCACACUGAAGUAUUUGAGCCUCCACAGGUUUCCUCUCCAGUGCAAAAAACAAAGCCUCUAACAAUACCAAAGACCUUUGAGUCUGAAGACUUUCAGCCAAAGCAAGACAAUCCUUUACCUCCAAAAAGUCUUUCACUCACUGAGCAAAAUUCUACUGAAGAAAAUAAGCAAGAAAGCUACUUCAGUAAGUACUCCCAAGCUGCUGAGUUGAGAAGCACUGCUUCAAUACUGGCAACACAGGAGACAGAGAUUUCAGUUGGCCCAUUUAAACUAAGGUCAAAGAAGCAAAAAACAUUAUCAAUGAUUGAAGAAGAGAUCAGAGCUGCUCAGGAGCGAGAGCAAGAGUUGAAGAAACAGAGAGAAAGGCAGAGCUUUCAAAGUCAGCAUAGCCCAUCCAACAAGAGUGCACCUGUUCUGCCAACUCGAACUGUCUCCUACAAAACUGCACCUGGAAAAAUAGAAAAACUUAGGAAUCCAUCUUCACCCAGGGGAGAAUCUUUUCCAGUGCAACCCGACCUUUUAUUAGAAGAAGAAGCUGGGUCCCAGCGUCCUAAAAAUCUAAUGGAGACACUGAUGGAUGAUUAUGAAGCUCACAAAACCAAAAGACGAGACCGAAUGGAUGAUUCCAGUGUACUUGAUGCAGUGAGAGUGAAUCGCAGAAAGAGUGCGCUUGCUCUAAAAUGGGAAGCAGGAAUAUAUGCCAACCGAGAAGAUGAUGAAUAAGGACUUGUUUUGUUUUGCAGUUGAAAUAACCAAAACCAAAAAAAAAAACCCAACAGAUAAUCAUAUAUUUAUUAAACAUGAAGCAACCUCUGCAAUGCAUAUAGACAUAAUGCAGACUGCGCUUAGAGAUAUGGAGGCCUGGAGAUGGCAGGAUGAAGUGGACUCUCAGGAAAUGGAAAGUGGUGUGCAGAAGAAGCAACCCUGCUACUAAAUCAGGGCACAGCAUGGAUGGUGCUCAAAGCCAAACAUACACAGUGCAAUUGCUUCCUUCCAGAAUAUGCAGCUUGUAUUGCUUUGUUAGAAGGAUACAGCCCUAACACAGAUUUUAAUAUCAAUGACUGCAACUUAUCGGUAGUUGGAAUACACCUUCUUUCCCUUGGGAAAAAAACAUGGGCCAUUUUCAUUUGUCUGCAGCCUUGUCUUCCUGCAUUCAAAAGUGUUGAGCUUGUUUUUUCUAGAUUUUGUUAAAGAUUGUUAUGGGAGGACAUAAAUGCUUUUUAAAUUGCAUUAUUUUGCGGAAAGUUUUCUAAAAAACCAUUAUUGCUUUAAUAUAUUUCUAUAAAGAACUCCAAAACAUUGUGAAAAGGAUACUAUCUGGUAUCCAAUGUCAUUUAGGCAGGCAUUAGCAUAUGCAUUUACUUACCAAAAGCACAACCCCACAAUCAUCAUCUGUAUUCAUUCUCUGGCACAUUUGUGGCUCUCAGGGAUGAAAGGGUUAACAAAGCAUUGCCUUUCUCAUUUUGCAGCCUUUUGCACUGGGGUGCUUGGUAAAAUCCCAUGUGGCAAAGUUUUAAAGCACAGAUACUUAUGGAAUUCAUGCAAUCUACCUGCUACUACUUGGUCCUAAAGUUAAAGGAGCAUUUUAAAGGUUUAUUCAGCAAAUAGUCUGCUAACAUGUGGGAUUUUUAUUUUUUUUCUAAUACAGUAUUUGCCUUUCUAGAUAUAGGUAUACUGUACAUGAACAGUAAUGUUGCAUGGUGGGUUACAACUGCGUGUGUGCAAGGGAUUGUGGAUAUGAAGUGGAAAUGUAGCAGUGGGAGGUGAAAUGACGGCUCAUUAGGGUUGAGGAUCUUUGUAGUAGUGGGGUGAGGUGAUCUCAAGAAGCUAAAUAGCAGUAAAUUAGAAUAUAACUCCUGCCUAUGCUUAGGGUAAGCACUACAUCAUUGCAGCUAAUGGUAGUGAAACCGAAGAGGAAGCCAGGGAGUCCUUGUAAUGUUAGGACAUGCAGUAGUUUGGCAGCUGCCUGUCACCAUAGGGCCGUUAUUUGUUAUUGAUUUUCCAUAGUAAUCCCAUAUGCUAUAAAGAACAGCUGAAUGAUUAGUUCCAUAGCACCCCAGUUACAAUAUCUCCUUAGACAAGAUUAGCAUCUAGUGGGUAUUCAUAAAGGAAUUGCAUUUAAUAUAAUACAUUUGGGCUUAUUUAGAUUAGUAAGGGGUGCAGUCAUACAUUUUAACCCCCAAGAUACAUUUGUAUGUGUUAACUAAUAAAUGUUGUGCUACCAUAGGUUUGUACCUGUGGUUCAGCUCUUCCUGACCUGAAGCUGGAAUUAUGCACAAAGCCCUCUAGCCCUGAUUUUCUGCUUAGAAUAUAACUUGGCCUAAUACACACGGCUGCCCUAAGGGAGGCCAAUCAUAUUGUGUGCUGAUCUGCUCAUGUCCCUUUUCUAAAUAACUUAUAUUUGCUGAGAAACAGAAACAUAUGAAACAUCCUGACUCCAUAUCUGAACUACUGGGAUUAUCCUACCGUAAUGUUUGGGAGCGGCUGUUAUAAAUGGACGAUUUGCUGGUGGUCGUAGUGCAAAAGACUGUGCAUAAAAGUGACAUUUGUGGGGGGUUUUCCCUUUCCCUUGCUUAGCAUCCUCCCAAAAUGUGUGGCUGCCUCAUACUGUUUUUUCUGUUUGGAGAGGGAUGUCUAUGGCAUUAGCACAGUGCAUGCUGUUGUAUUUUGAAGCUACCCAAAAAGUAUUUGCACAGGCCACACAUGCAAAGAUAGCAAGAGAUUGUGGGAAACUGACAUGAUAUUUAUUCUUGUGUUUUUACAUCAUAAUAGUAUAUAGCAUAUAAUUUAAAGCAAUAGACUUAGCCUAUGUUAUUUCUGGAGUAGAAAUUGUUUAUAACAGGUCUCAAAAAAAAGCAUUUACUCAUACAUUGCACCAGAAGUAAGUAUUAGAAAUCCAUCUUGUGUAUACAUAAAACAGUGUUAUUGACUUCUCAGUAUUAUUUGGUUACAUUCCUUCUGCCAGUGCAUGAGGGCCUCUUGAACAGAGUUACUGACAUAUUAUGGCACAAACAAGCAGUUGCUUUAUUUGUAUUAUCCUUUAAAAAGCACAGCAAUUGUGAAUGACCAUUGGAAUACAUUAUAGAGCGUUCCCUAUUUAAUUGUCCAGAAGCCAUCUAAAGACUAUUAAACAAUUUCACUAUUUUAUACAAUUUCCUUACACUGUUUAAAAUAUAAGCAAAUAACAAUUGCUGUCAUUGUUAUUGGCUAUUGCUAUUCGGGAAAGGUGUUACUUUAUGUCCAAAUAGCAACACUUGCUGAACUACAGCAUCGAUUACCCCCUUACAAACUUCAGCUGGCAGUUGUGGUUUUGCAUAGGUUGGGCCCCUGUAGCUGGAUGCAGAUGAAAAAUACAGAGGACCUCAAUAUUGCAGAAAGAUCUUCUCAUGCUUAGUCAUAUCUCCAACUCAGUGUUCAUUCUCUCCUAUGUUAACCAUGGACAGCAGUGCUGGCUGCAGUUCUGCCUUAUAGAUGGCACUGCUUAUAACAAUUUCUGCUCCAUGAAUACACAACAAAAACACACAUUAGAAAAAAAAGUAUACCUUGUUAACUAGUUCACUUAUUUUAAUAGCAGAUAUUAUAUAUAUAUAUACGGAGUCCAGAAACACUACUGCAGUGCAAUUGCUUGCUGGCUGUAGCAAUUCUGUAUAACUUCCUGCAGGAAGACUGGCUUAAACAGUGUGCGAUACCAAAAAAAAUAAAAAAGAUACUCUUGUUUUUGAAGCUACUUACUGAUUGCAAAAAAUAUAUAAAUAUAUAGAUAUAUAUUAAAAAAGUGUUUUGCAGCAAGCUGCCAAUUAUUUCUUUUUCUUGUGUUGCAAAGCAAUAAACCAGUUAUCUAUUUGAUGGCUGAAAAGCACUGAGGUCUAACUUGGGGCUCUCAAGCUGAAAUGCCGUAGGGUCACACAGUUGACAUCCCUGCUUUAAAGGAACAUUAAUACUAGAAUUACUGAGUGUUGUAUGUAACAUACAGGUUGAUGCAUUUGCUUUUGCAUAUUGUGGAAGAAGAAAUUAGAAAAACUUAUCCAUGUUCCCCUUCUGUCUCACCAAGUGAGAGGGAAACAAAAAGGGCUUCCCACCAAACUACCGAAUGUGUCUUUGGCAGUUACACUAUGUAAAAGUAAAUCCUUCCGUCGGUGUUCCUUUAAUUCAGAUUAAGUAAAAAAAAAUGGUGGCUAUGUUUUAAUGGCAUACAAACCAGUUGCAUUUUGCUUGGCUUUAUGUAUAUGUUAACCACUUACAUGUUAUCCAGCUUUUGUUUUAUAGUGACUGUGAGGCAUACAAUGCGAUUAUAUAAUUAUUUUCUCAUUAAAACACAAUCCUGA